AUUUUAGCGCCCCCCUUUUUUGGCGCAAAGCUUUUGCAGCAAUCAAGCUUCCACUUAAAAGAAAAGGAGAGAAACUAUGAGAGGGAUUGAUUUUUAUUGUUAGGGCAUGUGUUAGUUUUUGUUUUCGUCUUUGCGUCCUAUUUAACCCCAUCUCUUCUCUGUGUUUCCAUUCCACAUGCCUUACUUUUUCCUUUCCUUCGUUUCUUUUCCAUUCCUCGGGAUCUGAUCUCUCUCUCUCGACAGGUACUAGACAGGUCUUGAUGAGGGUACAAUAUAUAGUUGGAGUUCAGUCCAAUUCCCGAGGAAAGUGAUCAUCGCUUUAUUCUAUCCUGUCUUUCUUGUUUGUUGUAUUCUCGUUCCUCUCUUUCUGUGUUUUUCUUCUUCUUUUUUGUCUGGUUCAGUGGGGGCAUUUUAAAAGUCUUUUGGCUUUAAGCUGAUAAGUGGAUACGUGGUUGGGUUCAACCAGAUCGGAAGAGAAGUCAUAGAUUGGAGAAGGAGUGCAGUGGAAGACUAUCAAGUGCAGGUUUGAAGUUCUUGGGUGAAUAUGAAUACCUUUUCACAUGUUCCCCCAGGCUUUAGAUUCCAUCCGACAGAUGAAGAACUUGUUGAUUAUUACCUAAGAAAAAAGAUUGCUUCUAAAAGGAUUGAUCUAGAUGUCAUCAAGGAUGUUGAUCUUUACAAAAUUGAACCGUGGGAUCUUCAAGAAUUGUGUAAAAUAGGAACUGAAGAGCAGAAUGAAUGGUAUUUCUUUAGCCAUAAAGAUAAGAAGUAUCCAACUGGAACUCGCACUAAUAGAGCUACAAAAGCAGGAUUCUGGAAAGCUACCGGAAGAGACAAGGCUAUUUACUCUAGGCAUACCCUUAUUGGCAUGAGAAAGACUUUAGUUUUUUAUAAAGGACGAGCCCCUAAUGGACUAAAGUCAGAUUGGAUUAUGCAUGAGUAUCGUCUGGAAACAAAUGAAAAUGGAACUCCCCAGCAGGAAGAAGGAUGGGUUGUAUGCAGAGUGUUCAAGAAGCGACUGACAGCAGUGAGGAAAGUUGGGGAGUAUGAGUCAGCAUGCUGGUAUGAUGAUCAGCAAGUGACGUCGUUCAUGCCGGAACUACUUGACUCCCCGGAGCCUUUUACAUCGUACCACCACCACCACUAUCACUGCAAGCAAGAGCCUGAGUUUCAUCAUCCUAAUAAUUUCCUCCAACUCCCUCAAUUGGAAAGCCCCAAAAUUCCUCAAUCAGUCCUCCCAUAUGGAAGCGCUUUGCAGUCCUCAACCCUUACUCAAGAAGAACACAUGAACUCGUUUUACAGCAACAACGAGCAAGCGGUGGAUCAAGUCACUGAUUGGCGAGUCCUUGACAAAUUCGUUGCAUCUCAGCUCAGCCAUGGUGAUGAUCAAGAUGCCUCCAAGGCCAUUACUGAAGCUGUUUUUAAUGUGGCGGAACACAUUAAUAUGUUAUCCAAUGACUCCAAAAGGCCAGACAUUACCGAGGAAUUCGCCUCAACAUCCAAAAUAUACUAUGAUAAUUAGAAGAUAUAUGCAUACUAAUCGUCCGCGCGAUUUAAAAGGAUCGAUCCAGGUUUCUGUACAUAAUAAAACGAAAAUGGUAUUUGAUUUAGCUGUUGGAUAUACCUACGAAAAAUAAACUAGUAUACAUUAUAUAUGUGAACUCAUGUACGUGUUGGAACUAACUCGAUCGGGAUCAAUGUUGAAUAUUAAUUGUAAUUUGCUUUUGAAAUGUUUUAUCAUGCAUGUAACCCUUGGUCUAAUUACAUAUGUUCUACUUCUGUACAUGAAGUGAAGAAACAACAUUACUAAACAAGGCUAGGAUUUCUUGUGCUGGUGUAUGUUGGCCAAUGAGGACUACGUACUAUUUCAUGUCAGAGAUGAAAUGAGCAACUAUA